CCAAAUGCCUUGGCAUUUUCAAAAUUGACACCAAGGGAACACACAAGCAACUGGACCAUGAGCUCCAAACGAACGACCACGGCGGCCUUUAUCCGUGCCCUGUACAACCUGACAAGGAAAGGCACGCCGUUUGUCGACUGGUCAGCCGACGGCACGACGUUCCGUAUCCUCGAUAUCAAGCGGUUUGCCUCGGAAGUCCUCCCCCAUUUUUUCAAGCACAGCAACAUGGCCAGCUUUCAGCGUCAACUCAACUACUUUUCAUUCAAGAAAUGGACCAAGAACAACCGCACGCUGGAAGCGAUAUCAAAGAAGGGAAGUAUCGCCGAGUUUCAUCACCCGUACUUCACACGCGAUAUGGACGAAAGUUUGCUGUCCUGUUUCCGAAGGAAGGUGGCCUCACGAUCGUUCGAGCCAUUGAUGGACGUCUACUCCCAAGACUACGACACAUUUGGAGACGCGUCAUAUGAGCAUCGCAUCGUACAAUCCGCGGGGCGAGAAAAGUCAUCCACAGUCAAGGUGAAGAAGGAACCACUUCGUGCCCCCUGCCGACUACCGAAGCCCCACGUGGUCAACGAUGCUUCGCCAAGAAAAACUCAACAGUUUCCAAGUGAGCUCUUGACCCCACCACCAGUGCUUCAGUUCGAACCAAUCCGCUUUGCUCCCGGUCCCCAUCACCCGCACUUUUCCGCCACGGGACCCUCCACGCUUCGACAAGGCACCUGCAUCGACCAUACAAUCGAUAUAUCAUGGGGACACUGCGAUUCCUGGCAAUCGGACGCUCCCCACUCUGGAAGUGACUGUGACUGGUUGACGAACUUCGAUUGGGAAACCCAUGGCGACCUCAUCCCAACUGCUGGUAUUGUGUACCAAACCAUCGAUGGCGCAGGAGCCGACACCAGCGACUUCGUCGUCGCGCUUUGA